AUGGCCGACGAAAGUCAUCAUAGCUUCUUUGAGGAGGCUAUCUUUGCCAACCGGUCCCGCGAGGAGCCUUUUGAACUUCUCUACGGCGACGAUGACAACAACACCAACCUGAUAGACCAUUUUGGCCAUGACCACGAGUGGGGCGUGGACGAGGACGAUCACGCCUCUAUUCAGGACAACUCCAGGUCGGAACCCGUUGUUGACCCCAUCCUUCCUCAGGAAGACGGGCCAGGCGCUAUAGAAAACUCUUCCUUCUCUUGCCCGGAGGACGUCAGUGACAUCGCCCAUAACGCCGCCACUCAGCACCUGGUAUAUACGCCAUCCAUUCGCAAUAUCACCAACGCUUCUCCCGAGUCUGGGGCUGAUUCCCAAGACAACAACCUGAUCACCCGAGACGAUUCUGGUUCCUUCAUGGACGGCGCCAGCAUGGGACUGGACAAUCCCCUUUCUGUUCAUGUCCCGCCCACGAACAUCAACAGCAACCACGCAUUGGAGACUGCUGCCGACUUACCCGAACCUGUUUUGACCUCCGCUGCGCACCAUUCUCAUGAGGCAAAGAAGUCGCAGCAGUCACUCGAGGAGGGCAACCUCAUCAGCAAAGCCAGCAGUUUUGCCCCAUUCGACCCAUCCACUGUUGCACCUCCCAGCGUCGAAGUAGUCUGCCAGAGACUCGCUUCACUCGACAUCAACGACGGCUCUGACAGGCCCGCUGCUAGUGAAAGCAGUACAACAUCCGUCCCUGCCUGCUUUCGGUUGCCGAUUCGGCUCUCAGGCCGCUGCAGUGUCAUCAGGACCAUCAACGGGUUCCGACUACACUGCCCGUGCCCUGUCUAG